AAAUCACUACUAACUAAUCGUCUGGUAGAAGGGAAACACUUUGACACGAACUGAGACUAGUUGUCUCUAAACUAAUUUUAAAACGGCAACUUCUUUUUAAAGAGAUGGCCCAAGAUUGAAGGGUAAUCCUCAUAAAUAGGUUCUACCGUUGUGUCAUUUUAUCUUAACCCUUCGUAAAAUAUAUAUUUUAGAAUGAUUUAAAAACACAAAGGUUCAGUCCUCUCUAAGCUUACGUCUUACAGUUGUGUCUUUUUAGAAAAUUGGAUCCAUUCUUUUAGAUUUGUGUCUUUCUACCAUAUAUGUUGUAUUCUUAUUUUUUAUCACCACUUUUCGUUCUAAUAGCUAGUUUUUUUUUUUUACAAACAGGUUUGCCUAUGUAAAUGUUUAUGUAUUUUCUUAAAUUUUAUAAUAUAUAUGCAUCAUUUUGAGAAAAAAAUGAAAAAAAGAAAAAAAAAGUGUAAUGAUUUGAAAUGCAUGCAUGUAAGUAUAAUAACUAUGAAUGUAGACUUUAUGCAUGCAAAUUCCGUUCAUUGGUCAUUACAUAUUUAAAUUUCAAAUAAAUAAAUAAAGAAAAUCGAAUUAUGUUAACAAGAUUUUCUUGGAAACUGUUGAAAAAUUGACAUCAUUUUCAAAGUUUGUUUGGACCUUUCGUCUUCGUCUUCCCUUUUAAGUAGACCAAACUGAUCAUAGUGAGAGUUCACUUCAGAUUUCUCUUCUUCGUCUUUGUUGAAUCCUCUAUAAAGAUUUACUUUCUACUUGCCAAUCUAUUUUCGUGCCUUCUAAACCAAGAUACGUAUUUAGGUUAUUUCCAACAUAACUCAGGUUAGUUCUUGCUGUCGCUUCGAUGAAUAAUCUUAUAGAAAGGCGAAGGGUCAUGGACCAGAACGAGAAAACAAGUCUGGUCGAUAGAGUAUUUUCGUGGUCUAUCAAAGAUAUUCUCAAUAAAGAUCUCUACAAGCAAAAGUUAAAGACAGUACCAGACAAGUUUAGGUCCGUUGAUGAAUAUUAUCAAUGUUUUGUUCCUCAUCUACUCGUGGAAGCACAUACCGAGUUGUUCUCAAGCUUCAAAUCUGUGUCGAAAUCUCCUGUUGUUCAAAUACGUUCUAUGGAAACAAAGAUGAAGCAAUCAAGAGGAACCUCAUCAAACAAGUUGGUCUAUGAUAUAAACUUAAAGGUCGCAGAGAGUUUUAGUGCCAAGUACCAGCCAAAAUGUGGAGAUCUUAUAGCUCUAACAAUGGAAAAGCCAAGACGGAUCGAUGACUUGAACCCUUUACUUCUCGGUUAUGUAUUUUCUUCAGAUGGUGAUCUUAAAAUCUCUGUUCAUUUGUCUAGAUCGAUAUCACUUGUCGAGAACUAUCGAUUUGGUGUUUUCCUCAUGACUUUAACGACAAACACUCGUAUUUGGAAUGCUUUGCACAACGAAGCUGACAUAUCGACUCUUAUCAAGAGUGUGCUUCAGGCAAAUACUUUGAACAAUGUUUUUGUUCUGGUAAUGAUGUUGAGAGAUCUGACCUUGUUGGAUAUAAUCCGUUCAACGAAAUUGAACUCUUCCCAAGAGGCUGCAAUCUUGGGGUGCCUUGAGACAAGAAAGUGUAAUCAUAAGAAUAGUGUGAAAUUGAUUUGGGGACCUCCUGGAACAGGCAAAACAAAGACGGUCGCGACUCUUCUCUUGUCCCUUCUCAAACUAAGGUGUAAAACAGUUGUGUGUGCUCCUACAAACACAGCUAUUGUACAAGUUGCAUCAAGGCUCUUGUCUGUAUUUAAGGAAAAUUGUUCAUCAGAGCAUGCUACUUACAGGCUAGGGAAUAUUGUUCUAUCUGGAAACCGGGACAGAAUGGGGAUUAACAAGAACGAUCAUGUCCUUCUUGAUGUGUUUCUUGAUGAGCGUAUUGGUAAGCUUGGUAAACUGUUUUCACCAUUUUCUGGAUGGAUGCAGAGAUUAGAGUCACUGAUACAGUUUCUUGAAAACCCGGAGGGUAAGUAUGAGAGACAUGUCUACGAGUUAGAAGAAGUUGAAAGAAUGGAGGAAGAAGUUGAAAGGCAAGAAGUUGUUGUUAACAUUCCUACGUUUGGAGAAUUCGUAAAGAAGAAUUUCAAUAGCUUAAGUGAAGAAGUGGACAAACGCAUGGUUGAUUUGUACACACAUCUUCCCAAGUCUUACAUUUCAUCUCAAGAUGUGAAGAAAAUGAUUGCUUCUCGUCAAGCUCUUCAACGUGUCAGAUAUUUCUUGCAGGAGAAUUCUUCUAGAGUUGAUUUCAAAGAAGGAAAUUUCAAAUUUGAUUGCUUCAAAAGACUCAUCAGUGUUGAUUGCCUUGCGGCUCUACGUUUACUUCCAAAACGUUUUGAGAUACCGGACAUGUUGGAAAACGAAGAUAUUAGGAAAUUUUGCCUACAAAACGCGCAUAUAAUCCUCUGCACGGCUUCUGGUGCUGCUGAAAUGAAUCCGGAAAGGACAGGAAAUAUAGAACUUCUUGUGGUUGAUGAGGCCGCUCAGCUUAAGGAAUGUGAAUCAGUUGCUGCAUUGCAACUUAAGGGACUGCAUCACGCCAUUUUAAUAGGAGAUGAGUUUCAAUUGCCUGCAAUGGUACAUAAUGAGAUGUGUGAAAAGGCGAAAUUCGGAAGAAGCUUGUUUGAAAGAUUGGUUUUGCUUGGUCAUAACAAACAUUUGCUUGAUGUUCAAUAUCGAAUGCAUCCUUCGAUUAGUCGUUUCCCUAAUAAAGAGUUCUAUGGUGGGAGAAUCAAAGAUGCUGCGAAUGUUCAAGAAAGCAUCUAUCAAAAGAGGUUUCUUCAAGGAAACAUGUUUGGUUCAUUCUCCUUUAUCAAUGUUGGACGUGGAAAAGAGGAGUUUGGUGAUGGACAUAGUCCCAAGAACAUGGUUGAAGUUGCUGUCAUUUCUGAAAUAAUAUCCAAUCUUUUCAAAGUUUCAAGUGAAAGAAGGAUGAAGAUGAGUGUUGGAGUGGUUUCACCUUAUAAAGGACAAGUGAGAGCAAUCCAAGAGAGAAUCGGAGAUAAGUACAGUUCCUUAUCAGGUCAACUUUUCACGUUGAAUGUUCGGUCGGUAGAUGGUUUUCAAGGAGGAGAAGAAGAUGUUAUCAUCAUCUCUACCGUUAGAAGUAACGGUAACGGGAAGGUUGGGUUUCUCAGUAACCGUCAAAGAGCCAACGUGGCACUGACUCGAGCAAGGCAUUGUUUAUGGGUGAUUGGAAAUGAGACCACUUUAGCUUUGAGUGGUUCGUUUUGGGCAAAAAUGAUAAGUGAGUCUAGGACACGUGGAUGUUUCUACGAUGCUGCUGAUGAGAAGAAUCUAAGAGAUGCCAUGAGUGAUGCUUUGCUUGAGGAUGUGUCUUCAAGUCUUGGAUCUCUUUCUAUCAGGAGUGGCUAUGGGAGAAGAAAUGCUUGGUAGAUUUUUAUAUGAACUUGUUUUAAGUUUAUGUGUGUUUUCUUAUCAAACUCUGUAUGGUCUUUUUAUGAUGUUUUAUGAUAUUUAUGGUUU